ACUACUACCACUACUACUACUACUGAUAAUCACUUUAUAUGAUCAUUUCAAAUAAGUACAGUUUUUCUAUUUGUUUCUUUCUUGAUGAUUGUUUAACUUAAUCCCAUCAAUUUGUCAUUUGAUUUUCAUAUGCUACAUUGUGAAACAUGAAAUAAAUGGAUAAGAGUAUAAACAUUGAUACUAUGUAAUGAGAAAUAAAUUGAAAGAUAUAAUGCAAAUGAUUAAACUUUAUAAUUUAUUUCUUUUAAUCAUUUUAUCAUAUAAUAUUUAUGGUCAAUAUAUAAAGAAAUUGCCGGAUCAUUUGAAUAGAUUCAAGUUUCCUGUUAGAUAUCUUUCAGAAAAACAUUAUUUACCAAAUAUACUAUCAUCAUUAUCAUCAUCAUCGUCGUCGUCGUCGUCGUCGCCAUCGUCAAAGGAAGGAGUGGUAGCAGUUCCAGCAGCUUCUGUAGCACAAUUAACUUCAUCAUCAUCUUCUCUAGUGUUUCCAUCUUUUAUACAAACAAAACUUCAACGUAAAUUUUCUGAUUUUCAUGAUAAAUUUUAUUUUGAUGAUGCAUCAGUAUUAUCUGCUUCUAAUUCUUAUUCAUCAGAAAAUAAUCUUCCAUUGAAUAGUAAAACUGCUAGCAACAACUCAACUACUAUUACUACUACUACUAACAAUAAUAAUAAUAACAAUAAUAAGAUUAUUAUUGAUGAAAUUAAUGAUAAUUUACAAACUUCCUAUUUAUGGAAUAAAGAACAAGAAUUAAAUCCAUACAGACAACAAAUAGCUCAACAAUCACGUCUACUAAAUCAAUAUUCUGAUAUGAAAAGAAAAAAAUUUAUGAAAUUGCCUACCUCUUCAUCAUCAUCAUCAUCAUCAUCUUUUCAACCGCUUACAAUAUACCCUUCAUCACUUAUACAAAGUGCAUAUAAUAAAAGUUUAUCAAAUUAUGUUGAUCAUCAAAAUAAACAAUUAAAGCAUAGAACUCAAUUAAAAUGGCAAAAUCCAGUAAUUAAUUCAAUAAAAUUCAAUAAACAGAAUAAAAGUAAUACAGAAGAGAAAGUACCUCAAAUUAAAGGACGUUGGUGGUUAGAUACGAUAGCUAAACUUUUACAUUCACAUCCAUUAACUCUGUCUGGUAAUUCACGGAGUUUAUAUAAUCCAAUCAUUGAAAUUUAUGCUGAAAACAAUCAAUCACCAUCUAGUGCAAUGAAUGAAGAAACUAUGAUACCAUGGAAUAAUGUACCAGGAUUAAAUUAUCAGAAUGAAAGACAAAUUGUUCCGUAUGUGAACCAUGAAAUUCAUGCUGGCUCUAGUAACAAUAAUAAUAAUAAUAAUAAUCAAAACCAUCCGUCAGUUUAUGGAUGGAGACGACAGAUUUUCGAUCCUAUCUCACAUAAUACAGCAUGGAUAGAACAUCAUCUCAGACAACGUAUACAACGUUACAAACAAUGGUUAUCACCAAAACAAUGGAAACAAUUUUUAACAGAUGAUUCUACAACUAUUGGCAGUCGAAUGAAUGCACCGGCUAAAUUUAAUCUUGCUUUAUUUGAAGCUGCAGUAGUUGGUGUAAGACGUGCAGUAGCUGAAUGUCGUUAUCAGUUUCGGCAUGAAAGAUGGAAUUGUAGUCAAGUGCUUGAUGAUGAAACUGCUUUAUUUGGAAACAUUUUACUGAAAGGUAUACCACAAACUGCAUUUAUUUAUUCAAUUAUCAAUGCUGGAAUAGUUCAAUCUGUAGCUGAAGCAUGUUUAAAUCAAAUCGAUAAUUGUCCAUGUAAUAAUCGAGGUAGACAAGAACCAUUUUCAGAUUGGCAAUGGCAAGGAUGUGAUCAUAAUAUUCAUUAUGGUAGAAGAUUUUCACGACGUUUACUCGAUACAAUGGAACGUGGUUCACAUAUAAGAUUUGAAAUGAAUUUACAUAAUAAUGGUGUUGGUCGACAAUUAGUUAUUAAAAAUAUGGAACGUUAUUGUCGAUGCCAUGGAACAAGUGGAUCGUGUACCUUAAGAACCUGUUAUCGAAGAACACCACGAAUGAGAACACUUGGAACUUUGUUAAAACAUAUAUAUGAUCAUGAUUUAGUACAAGUUAAACUAGAUUCCAGUAGUCUGCGACCAACCCGUAGUACAUACGAAGAUAAGCAAGAGACCUCUUCCUCUACAUCAAACCAUUUUAAACAUUCAUAUUUAGAUAAAGCUAUCAAAUUUAUACCUUAUCAGAAAAACAUGAAAAAACAAUUAACCCCAAUAUUAUCAUCUAUAUCCAAUGACUAUUAUGAUAGAAACGCUAAUAAUGUAAAGAAAACUCCCAAAAAAUCCAAUUUGAUUAUUAUAAACCCAACAAAAACAACAACAACAACAACUAUUCAUUCAUCCAUGUUAACUAAAUCCAAUGAACUAAUGAAUCAUUCAAUACAUCCACAUUUAUCCCAAUUAGUUUAUUAUGAAUUAAUAAAUGAGAAAUUGUUUUGUCAUUCUAAUUCAUUUUAUCAUAUAUUAGGUACAAAAGGUCGUUUAUGUAAUUCAUCUUCAAUUUAUAUGAAUAAUUGUCAUCAUUUAUGUUGUGGUCGAGGUUAUAUAACACAUCAUUAUUAUAUUAUGGAAUCAUGUCAUUGUAAAUUUAUAUGGUGUUGUCGUGUUGAAUGUCAACAAUGUUUAGUAUUAAAAAAAGUAGAAACUUGUAUUUAAUAUAAUUAAUUAUACUACUUAUAAUAACUUUCUACAUCUACUGUAGAUUCAGAAUUUAAGUAGUAUACAAUAACUUAGAUUAUAUCACAAAUUUAAAAGAAGUAAAUAUGAAUUCAUUAAAUUUAUUUCUACCUCGAAAAUAUAAUUCACACUAUUCAAUUAUCAAUAUUUGUAGGUCAUUUUGAUAAAUUGUUUUUUUGUUUUAAUUUGUUUGCUCUAUUUAAUAUAUACACAUAUCUUCAUUGUUAUUAUUAUGAUUAUUCUAGUUUAUUAUUAUUACUGUAUUUGACUUGGGUAUGCACUCAAUCACUAAUCAUCAUUAUUCAUAAUUGAUCACUUUCAAUGAGAAUCAUAUGCAUAUAUUUCGUUGUGUUUUCUUUUGUAUUAAGCACCAUGAUUUAUUUGUCAUGCACAGUAUUAACUAAGAACUUUUCUUUCUUUUUUUUAAUAUUAAAUAAAUAAUCGGCACAUAUAUACACAUAUUUAUCAUGGUGUCUUUUGUUUUGGUUUCUUU